CUCUUUUUCGGUCGGGGUUAAAAAUAAAAAUAAUAUUUUAGGUAUUUAAAAAUUAUGUAUUUCUUAGUGCUAAAGAAUUUUUACGAGCCCGGAAUUAAUAGCCUCAUCUAGUGAUAGAAGGGCUUGCUCAUUUUUUCAUUUCAAUUCAAUAGGUGCCUAUUUUUCUUUGCGUAACAUGUAAAACAAGUCAAAGUUGAUGAUCCUUCAAUGCUUAUAGAUAUAAUUGAAAAACCAGUUAAAAUGUCAAAAUGGCACCACAGAACUGAUGCAGUACACUGGUAUAUGCAUGAGUUAGCCUCAAGAGUAGUUGCAGAGUCGAACAUUGCAAGUGAUAGGUAUCAUCUUGGAAAGUUGAUUUUACGUGGCUUCAAAGAUGCUCCAGACUUUCUUUUACAGAUUGACGGAGCGACAGACGAAAGGGAAAACUUUGGAUCGGCGUUAAAACGAUCCGUGCAAUGUGCAAACGCUUUCAGAAAACUUGGUGUAAAACAAGGAGAUGUUAUAAUAUUAAUGGCACCAAACCAUAUUCAUCUAACUAUGCCGAUGUACGCGGCUUUCUAUCUUGGAAUCGCUGUUGCUGGAAUUGACUGUACUCUAAGAGUCGAUGAACUCCGAGACACUUUCCGAUUCAACACGCCAAAAGUAAUAUUCUGUCAGAGCGAAAGAGGCAAAGACGUUACUUUAGCAAUAGAAGGACUAGAUGUGGAACCACAAAUCAUAACAUUUGGAAAAGCAGAUGGAUUUAUUAGCUUUUCUGAACUGCUUGAGAAUUACGGUAGUGACACUUCUGUUGAAGACUUUAAAGCAGCAGAUUUCGAUCCCAGUAACACAAUAGGUUUAUUGAUAGCAACCAGUGGCUCAACUGGGUUGCCAAAAUCAGCAUCUUGCACCCACAAGAAUUUGUCCAUCUCAAUUCCAUAUAAGUGGCUUACUUUUGACGAGUAUCCGACCCCAACCCGCUUGCCAGUCGUACUCUCGCCAAUACAAUGGUUCUCAGCGCUGUUCCUGUUUGUAUUCUCUCCGAUACUAAGACAUUCGCGGCUUCAAUCUUCCCAGCCUAUGACGCAAGAGCACGCUUAUUAUAUCAUAAAUAAAUACAGACCAACAUUCACGAUGACCAGUCCAAACAUGUUGACAACCCUUUUCAAAGCUGGUGACAGAGAGAAGUGUGACUUCACUUGCUUUGAUCUAAUUAUUGCUGGAGGAAGUGCUGUUCACCCUGGUCUUGUUGAAGAUAUGAAGGAAGCUAUGCCCAACUCAAAAGUAAUGGUUAUGUAUGGCUUGAGUGAGUUAUCGGGAAUGGCAUUUAAUUAUGAUGGAAAUCUGCCUACCUCUCUAGGCAGGCCCAUACAAAGCAUAAAAGCAAGACUAGUCAACCCUGACACGUUGGAAGAUAUAACAGAGCCAAAUGUGACCGGAGAAUUUUGGGUCAAAGGACCAACUGUUUUCAAGGGAUACUUCAACAAUCCUGAAAUAACAGCGCAAGCUCUAGUGGAAGGCGGCUGGUUAAGAACUGGGGAUAUGAUGUAUAGAGACGCUGCUUACAAUUUCUACUACGUUGACCGUCUGAAGCUGUUACUCAAAUACAGAAAUCAUCAGAUAUCUCCAUUAGAAAUAGAAAGCGUCAUAAUGAAGCACCCAGCCGUAUUCGAAGUGGCAGUGACAGGAAUUCGUCAUGAAGAGCACGGAGAUUUACCAGUAGCCUGUAUCGUUCCUUACGAAGGAUCCAAGGUCACAGCACAAGAAAUCAAAGAUUUUGUCAAAGAAUCGCUAACAGACUCGAAACAAUUGAGAGGUGGAGUGAUAUUCAUAAAGCAGUUGCCGCUAACUUCGACUUCGAAGAUUGAUAGGCAAAAGCUUAGAAAGCUGGCCCUUUCCUCACCACGAGAGUAGCAAGAAUGCUUGUAUCUAAUUUGAAGUCAUUGUGGGAUUUUUACAAUACCUGUUAUUAAACACGUUGCGAUAAUAAAAACAAAUCAAAAGUGUAAAUUAAAAAUUAAAA